UGGAGAAACUUCAAAAUGGUAGAUUUAUUCUCCUCCUCGGUUAUUUUCAGAUACGGUAUUUUGAACGGUUCCAUUUUUUUCAGCGAUCCUGGCCAGAAAUUUCAAACAAGAGCAAUGGCGUCAAAACGUGUAGCUGUCAAAACCGUUGACUGGCUCAAGCUUGGGUCAACAAUUCCAAAGGCAGCUGCUGCUGAUUUUAAUGCCUUUCGAACCAGACAUGAAACUAUUAAAGGAAGCUUGGAGUCGCUACCGGAAAAGCCAGCACCAAUUGAUUGGAAGUUUUAUCAGAAUGCUGUGAAAGAAAAAGCCUUAGUAGAGAAAUUUUAUGCAGCGUACUCAAAAGUUACAGUACCAUACCCAGAAGACACAGAAUCUGCAAAGAUUGCUGCUGAAGAAAAACAAAUUGAAGCUGAGAUAGUGGAAGCCGUAAAAGCAAAACAAGUAAAGAUUUCAAAAUUACAAGAAGAGAUUGCUAAGAUCAGAAAUCAGAAACCAUUUGAAGAAAUGACGACGGAGGAGUUCAUGGCAAGUCAUCCAGACAUGAAACGAGAAGUCGAUGCUGAAAUUCGCGAAAUUGGCUGGAGAUAACACGUUUGAAAUUAGUUGUAUAUUCCUUACUAAAUAUAAAAUAAUGUUUUUGACGUUUGAGUAA